AUGAAUUCUUCUCCAUUACUCCCUCUUUCUCUUACCCUUCUUGUUUUAUGUUCAUGUUCAUCAUGGGUUUCAGCCAAUUUCGGCAAACCCCAUCAAAACUUUCUUCAAUGUCUCUCCCAUUAUUCUCAAGAUGGCUCCUCCAUUUCAAAUGUCCUUUACACUCCCUUCAAUUCCUCAUAUUCUAAUGUCUUGAAUUUCACCCUUAGAAACCUUAGAUUCUCAACCCCUCAAACCCCAAAGCCACUCCUCAUCAUAACACCAUUACAUGUUUCCCACAUUCAAGCAGCCGUCCUUUGUUCCAAAUCCCACAGCCUUCAAAUCCGAACACGAAGCGGCGGCCAUGAUUUCGAGGGUCUUUCUUACGUCGCUUCGUUACCAUUCAUUAUCGUUGACCUGAUUAACCUAAACUCGAUCUCUAUCGAUGUCGAAAGUAAGACGGCGUGGGUUCAGUCCGGUGCUACUCUUGGUGAGCUUUAUUAUAGUAUUGCUAAGAAAAGUCAAACCUUGACCUUUCCGGCUGGUAUUUGUCCGACCGUUGGGGUUGGUGGACACUUUAGUGGUGGUGGGUAUGGGAGGUUGCUAAGGAAAUAUGGUCUUGCGGCUGAUAAUGUAAUAGACGCUCAAUUGGUUGAUGCAAAUGGGAAAUUUGUUAAUAGAAAGUUGAUGGGAGAAGAUUUGUUUUGGGCCAUUAGAGGCGGCGGCGGAGGGAGCUUUGGAAUAGUGGUGGCUUGGAAGGUGAAGUUGGUUUCGGUUCCGGCGAGUGUGACCCUAUGCAUGGUUAAUAAAACCUCGGAGGAUGGUGCCACCAAGCUCAUUCAUCAAUGGCAAUAUGUGGCUCAUAAAUUGGAAAAUGAUAUAUUUCUUGGCAUCCUUUUGGGAGGAGGGAAUUUUACAAGACAAGGUGACAAAAUAAACCCAAUAGCUCUAUUCUUCUCAUUGUAUCUUGGGAAGGCAGAUGAGCUUGUGGCAAUCCUUAACACAACAUUCCCUGAAUUGGGUUUGUCAAAGAAAGAGUGCAUGGAAACGAGUUGGAUCGAAACAGCAAUCAUCAUGGGCACUGGCCUUCAACCGGGGCUUCAACCAGGAAGUAAGCUGGAAGAUCUACUAAGUAAAACAACUCCCGUUAUUGCAAGCACCAAAAUCAAAUCCGACUAUGUCAAGGAGCCCAUUCCCAUGGCUGCAAUCGAGGGCAUAUGGGAAAGAUUAAGAUCUCAAGAUAUAGAACUGCCACAAUAUUUAUUUGUUCCUUAUGGAGGGAGAAUGGGUCAAAUUUCAGAGUCCGAAACUCCAUUUUCACAUAGAGGUGAGUAUAUGUAUAAAAUUGGAUACACCGUUGGCUGGGUAGAAGGAGGUAUUGAUGCAGAGAAAAGGCACAUAGAUUGGAUACGAGCGCUUUAUAGUUACAUGACUCCUUUCGUUUCGAAGUCACCUAGAGCGGCAUAUCUCAAUUAUAGAGACCUUGAUAUUGGAUCGAACAACAAGUAUGGAAGAACAAGCUAUGAACAAGCUAGCAUUUGGGGUUAUAAGUAUUUUGGGAAAGAGAAUUUUGAUAGAUUGGUUCAUGUUAAGACCAAAGUUGAUCCUUAUGACUUCUUUAGGCAUGAGCAAAGUAUCCCUACUCUCUCAUCCAAAUAGUUGUUACUCUCUAAGUGUUCUGUGAUUUGAUAUAUGUGUUUAAACUAUGCCUCAAACCCUUUUUGUAUGUAGCAAAAUAUUGGGCAUACAUGAGUUUUAAUGUUUUGACUUUCAUUUGUGGUUGUCUUAACAUCAUGUAAUGAAUUCCUUCUUUUCUUCCAAGGAAA